AUGAGCGCUCCUGUAAUAGGAUUUCAUAACCUACUCUCUCUCGCCUCUCGUGAGCGAUGCAUGAUCAAUUUGAAGAAGUACCGAAUACCAUCAUUUAAAUCUAGGAAUGUACCAAUAGGCAGUGCUGCGGUUUUGAUCCCUAUGUGUCGUGUAAAUGAUGAAACAAGUUUGUUGUACACAGUGAGAGCUACGACACUUAAUAGCCAUAGCGGACAGGUUGCUUUCCCUGGAGGUAAAACUGAAAAGAGCGAGUCUCCUGUCGAAACAGCUCUCCGUGAAACUAAAGAAGAAAUAGGAUUGUGCCCUUCCAAGGUAGACAUUUGGGGAUGCGGUCCUGCAUUUCCAGGAAAGAGGAACAAAUUGAUGAUUACUCCUGUUAUAGGAUGUAUAUCUGACUUAAGUGCUGAUGAUUUCCAAAUUAAUGAAGAAGAAGUGAGUGAGGUAUUUGCAGUGCCUAUACACGUGUUGUGUGAUGCUAAAAAUCAGUUUCACACACAAUUUAGUAAUGGCUUUGUGCUUCCUGUGUUUGUUGCUGAAGAGUAUAAAAUUUGGGGUAUCACGGCUUUUAUGACACAUGUAUUUCUACGUUCUUUACUGCCUAGAGACAUCUAUAGAAAUGAAUGGAUGAAGAAGAGAAUUAUUUUAGAUGAUACAGAUUAA